GUCAGGAACUGGCCAUGUACGAGAAGCUCGGUGAUGAAGUUCACAUCACGGAGCAAGAGCUGCGUGACGAUGGCUUUGGAGGCCACGCGUUCUACCAGUGCCUGGUGGCCGAGGCCGUCGCUCCGGACGGCCCCGCCAACGGCCCCGUGAGAGUCGUCGGCUUUGCGAUGUUUUACUUCACCUACGACCCUUGGAGCGGCAGGAACAUCUGCCUGGAGGACUUCUUCGUGAUGAAGGAAUACCGAGGUCUGGGAAUCGGAUCUGAGAUCCUGAAACGGGUCAGCCAGGUCGCGGUGGAGAGUCGCUGUGCGUCGAUGACUUUCCUGGUGGCCGACUGGAACGCUCCGUCCAUCGAGUUCUACCGCCGCCGCGGUGCCAGGGACCACACGCAGAGCGAGGGCUGGCACGUCUUCAAGAUGCCGCUCAGCAGCCUGCUCAAGCUCGCCGCCGAGGAGUAGCGGCGGGGGGCGGGGGGUCCCCCACAAUGGGGGAGGGGAGCCCCCCACAAUGGGGGAGGGGAGCCGUUUUGGGGGGUGGCUGUGAGUGUGGGUUUUGGGUUGUGACUGUGACUGAGUAUUGGGUGUGACUGUGGGUAUUGUGGGUGACUGUGACUGGGUUUUGGGUGUGACCGACUGUGGGUUUUGGGGGUGACUGGCUGUGGGUUUUGGGUGUGACUGUGACUGGGUUUUGGGUGUGACUAUGGGUUUUGGGUGUGACUGGGUUUUGUGUGUGACUGACUGUGGGUUUUGGGUGUGACU